AGUCUCGUGCCGAAGAUGGCGACGUGCGAGUGCUGGUGUCCGCAGAGUGUUUGAAAAAGACGUGGAAAAAGGGAAUAAAAAAGGAAUAGUUACAAGUAUACAUCUAUAGGUAUACAUAAAAGAUUGGGCGCGAUUGAGAGAGAAUAAAAUAAAGCUCGAGCAGUGUAAAAGAGAAAUCGCGUGUGUUACGAUGUGGAAGUUUGGAUCGGGAUUAGUAACCGUGAAAAGCGUCAAGAUCGUGCAAAUGUAGAAUGUCAGAACCUAAACGGGUUGUCCCGCAGUGCCUGGAGUUUCCGGAUUCCCUGGGGCACGCAACGAAGAAGGAAAAGGGCAAACAACUCGCGCCCUCCUUCCGCUUUACGAUCGCUCUGCCAGAAUCGAACGACAAGACAUAUUCCGAGUUCAAUUACGCUCAGCUCGUUAAAUCAGCGGAGAAAAAACGAAGGAAAGAAGAGUCAAGAGUGCACGAUGAAAAUGCAACGAACGGAUUGGAUCCAUUCGAGGAUGGGGACGACGACAAGCUCAGGGAAAUGGCGAGUCGUUUCGAGGCAAAAUACGGGACUGCGACAGCUGGAAGAAAAAGGCACAAGCACGACGAUUACGUCGACUUGGGAGCUGGAUAUGACGAGAACGAUUCGUUUAUCGAUAACACCGACGCUUACGACGAAAUUGUGCCCCGUGAGGUGACGACGGCUUAUGGGGGUUUCUACAUCAACAGUGGUCCCCUUGAAUUCAAACCAGCCGACGAAAACAGUCCUGUCCACAGUCGGCUCAACAACAACAACAAUAAUAACAACAACGUCGAGGAUGAGGAGGAGGAAAGCAGCGAGGACAGCGUCGACGAUGAGGAGGAAAUCGGCAACCGUGUUCUACAACGAAUGGAAAAACGUGCUCUCAGCUCUUCCGACGAUGAUGACGAGGAAGAUGCCGUCUCCGGCGAUCCACCUCGGAAGAGACACAAAUCCGAGGAAAAUGGAGAGAAAAAAUCGAGCCAACAUCAGGAGAACGUAAUGAAGAGGAAAAAAAAAUUGGCGGGUGAUUCAUGCAACAUUAGUAACAAUCCGAGUAAUCAGUGUGAGGACAUUGAGGCAACGGCGACGACGACGACGACAGCGACGACGACGACGACGACGACGACGACACUGGCGCCGCUGACAACAACGACGACUACGAUGAUUAGCAGCGGGGUGGUGGGAAAAAGUAGUGUCGUCAGCGACGACAAGCGCGAAAUACUCGAUGUCGAAUGUUCCUCGGAGGAUCAGGACGAGAAGAAGAGGACCAAGUACGACACGAACAAAAUCAAGUCAACCGGCGGCGAGAAGAGAUACGAUGUUAAAAAAAUCGACAAAAAAAUCGAGCCCAAACGACCGGAGAAAAAACAGCAUACUCAACAGCAACUACUGCAACAACAGCAGCAACAACAAGCCGUUCCGAGCAACGGAAUCGACGUGAAAAGAAUUGAUCCGAAGAAACUCGUAGGCAAGGACAGCAACAUCGACGACGCGAUCGAAAGCGUCGUCAAUGCUGGACGAGUCGUGGACGAAUCCAGUCACGAUUCUAUCGAUUCCGCCAAAUCACAUUUCCUACCUGGCUCCGAAUCCGAAUGUGAUGAUCUCGACAAAGAGGAUACUCCCCUGCCCGAACUUUUACCCGAUGACGUCAAAGAUAUCAUCAACAAACUCAAGUCGCAAGCCGAUAAAAAUCGCGAAGGGAAAAGCAAAAUUUUCGACGAUCAUUUCAAUUCGAUCCUACUCGCGUUGGAAGAAAAGUUGCGCAUGAUGAAUUCACCAGGGGCUCGUUUACUCACGUACGGCCAUCUUGCGCCUUUUCUUCGAUGUAACAAAGCGACUCUAGUGAAUAGGGCUAAGAAACUCUGCAUUCAAGAUGCGGAAAGAAGAAUGACGGACCCGCUUCGCAGAUUAAAGGCCAUAGUCGAAGGAAUGAUGCCAGGAGUUGUUGAGAGAUACGCAAAAGAGUGCCAGAGGGUCGCGGAGGAAAACCCUCAUUUGUACUGGGAGAUUUAUCGAUACUGUGGGGGUCUUGAAGUUUCACCAACCGAAGUUGACAGCAGUGACGCCGAAAAUUUUGAAAGAUUGAAAAUUCCACGGAAAAAGUUUCCAUGGACUCCAGAAAUUAAAAAGCUGGUUUACGAGCUCGCGUGUGCGCGUCGUCACUAUUUCAAAAUGCGAAAGCCGCGAAAGGAAAGCAUCGAAGCGUUUGUUGCGACGUAUAUGGAAUCGAAAGUUUUGCCACUUUGGCCAGGGGGAUGGGUGCGAUUGCAGACGUUACUGAAGUAUUCAAACCCUGAACCGGCCGAAAAAAGAAAACAGAAAAAAUCGCGAGAGGGUGGAACAGUGGUAAAUAAUUUGAGCGCAUUGUCUGGGCAAUCGAAUAACGUGGUGCGCCAGGAAUUGCCGGGGAUGUCAAUGGUUUCAUCGAGUCAAGAAGGAGGUGGAGCAGCCGGGACGAUUUCGUCGAAAAUAACGAGCGAAAAUAACUUGAAUUUCUCUCCAACGAAUUUGAAAUCGGUGGAUGCAACGCAAUCACAACAAUUCGAUCGAAAAAUCAGUUCGAAAUCGCGCGAAAAAAAUAGUGCCAGUCCGGUGACGCAAGAUAACGCGUGUGGACGGGGGACUGGAGAAAUGGCAAAAAUAACAGUUGUACCAACGAGCCAACUGAUAGGUCAAAAUAAGGGAUUGAAAAGCGUUUCAGAAAAAUUCAAUCCGAUGGAUUUAACAAGCAGCUCUUUAUCCAUAACUCCCGUCAACGAUUUUUUAAAGAGUAGCAAAGCAUCCGUUUUGGAAAUGAAAAAAGAUGUAGUUUCGAUAACUCCGUAUUCCGAGACAGCGACGACGAAUGUAAACGAUUGCGUAGGUAGUGUAAAAAAUGGUUCAACGAAGAGGAUUCAGGAUGGAAUUGAGAUACAAUCGGAAAAGCGAUCGAUCGAGGAAAGUAGCGCGGAAUCGUUAAGAAAAUCGGAGAAACGUGAGAAAAGACGUGACAAAUGGCACGAGGAGAAGAGAUCUCAAGAUUCGAAAAAGCGGCGGAAGGAACAAAAAUCGGAGCAAAAUUUGUCGUCAAGCGCGAAAAUGGAAACCUCGAUGAGCCAGCAAACCUCUUCCUUGACUAGAGAAGAGCAGGAACAAAGACAAAUUGAGGAAACCAUGGCAGCUACGAAUUUCCUCAGUCAAAUAAUAAACGAUGAUUUACCUUCGCGAGUUUCGGCGACCGAAAAGCAACGGAAGGAGCAACAAAAUUUAAUCGUCGAAGAAAAUGUUUCGAAUUUAGUCAUCCAGCAACAGACCAGCGAACAAGACAACGACGUACAAAUGGUAAUGAGAUCCCUUAAGGAAAUUCAGGAACUUCAGGAAAUGAAAUAUUCUCCGAGUCAUUCUCCGAUCGGUGGGCCACAAAAGAACUCCAAAACGAGUCAUCAGUAUGUUCCUUACCAGGACGAUUACCCUCGUAUUUACAACAAAAAAGAUGAAAAAAUGAGGGUUUCCAAAGAGGAAACGUCCUCAUGGUAAAUCAGAAUAUUUAGUAUUUUUUGUUUUCUCAAAUUUCCGGUCAACUUCCAUAUUCACAGUUAAAGAAAGAAAAACAACAAAAAUGCGUGAAAGCGUACGAAGAAUUUUGAGAGCGUUCCAAUUUCAUUAUUUCCUAAACGAAUUUUCAUGCCUCAAAUUCCCUCUGAUUAUUACGCCAGCGCCCACGUUGAUGAUUGAAAAUCUUUGAAGUAUUUUUCGAAUCGUCAGAAUCGUUGUAAAUACGUAUACAUUUUAAUUUACCAUAGUUUUUGAACUUCGCGUGUACAGAACUAUAAAUUAUGUUACGAGAAAACGUAGAUUGUAGGCUUUGUAUAUAUUAUAAAAAAAAAAAAAAAACAAUAAGAAAACUGAAAAAUUAAUGAAUAAGUAAGCAGAGGAAACAUUUGUGACGUAAUUAAAUAUCGUGACUCGGUGACGAAAGUUCCAGGAGAUUUCAAGAAAUAAAAAAUGAGGACUCGUUGUCGAAAAUUUUGGCCUCUUCGUCGUCCCUCAGAAAAGGAAUCUUUUUUUAAUUCAGAGUGAGACGCAGCUUACAGCUUUUUUUAAUAUAGUUUUCGAAAAAUGGGGCAGACAGUUUCUCUUCCAUUUCCUAAGGAAUAAGGGCGUUACAGAAUGUGUGUUUUUAUGAAUUGCCUUUUUUUCGUCGCAUUUUACACAAAAUUAUAGAAUGUGUCUCAACAGAUUGUGUUUUGUGGAGACUAUAUAAAAAAAGAAACACAUUUUUUUAUAUUCUCUCGACUCGAUUUAAUUUGCAAGUCAAUUCUGGAUUGUUCGUACCAUUUAUUUAUGGCUUUGUUAUCGAUCCCAAACUCGAACAAUGAAUAAUUGAUCGAUUUUUAUUUACUUGUAUCGUUGAUACAAAAGAAAUGGAUGCCUUUUUUCUACUUUUUAUUGACAAUUUCAUUUCAACUUCGAAACUAUGCGAAAUUAUUUAUAAACUCCAUAUCUUAUUCCAUCCCGUUGUAGAAAUGAUUACGACAAAGAUUUUUUUUCCGUUCUGGAUGAUUUAUGGUCUAAGAGAAAGAAAAAAGAUGCUUGUACUCUGAAACUUCCGUUUUUAAGCAUCGUAAGAAUGAAUAGUUACAAGUAUAUACAAUGUAAGUGUAAUGUACAAUUCUGGAUCGAGAAUGUUUCACUAAGACGUUCACGAAAAUAUAAGUUUUGAAUAUUUUUUACAACA